UUACCUCUACUUUGUUUUUUAUCGAGUCAGGUGAAGAGUCAUCGCUCUCGAGUCGACUUUAUCUAAUAAUUACUAUUUUAACACAGGAAUCGACGAUGGAAACCGUAAAUUCAAUGGGACGAGUGGGAAACGAGGAGCAGCAACAUGGGGAAGAACCGAUGGCCGAAGCUCUGCAGCUGGUAAAAAAUGAAGAAAGGCCAGAGCCGGAGCCCCCGCAUGAAGUUCAGGCUGGCACCGAGCACGCGGGGGACGGAGGCGGCGGCGGCAGGGAACCCUCGCCGCAUGCGCACGCACAUGCGCACUCACACUCCGUCAUCACGUCGCGGCGAUCGAUGCGCACCAUCACCGCUGCCGGACACAUCACCGAGACGACGGAGCUAACCGAUGACGGCGUCAAGGACGAGCCGCCCGAACCACAGCAACUGGAACACGAGCCGCAGCAAAUGCAACAGUACCAGCCCAAAUUAGAGGACACCCCUGACGCGCGUGAUCCACAACAAUAUGACGAGGAGCGACUCCGUUUCGCCGACGCUGAGACGGCACGCUAUCACGCCUUCAAGACAGAGCCUUAUCGUUCUCUCCCAUCACCUGUCGAUAAACGUCCGCAACCACAGUACACGAGGGCGCCGCAGCGUCCUCCGUACGGUCGCGGUUUAGCAUUACGUUACAGUACACCGCAUCACGUAAUAGUUCCACAAGACGGUGAGCCAGAGGAGCACGCGCAUGAGACUUUUCUGACACAUAAGGAUAAACCGGAACAGUUGCAAGUGUAUGCUGCCACUAGCGAUGCGAGUGUGUCCGGAGCGGACGGGAGGCAGUACGCUGCCGUACUCAGUGACCAAGCGGUCGCGUCCACCGCGCUCGAGAUGAUCCAGACGACGGCGCUCAGUAAUCAACAGGCGGUCGGUGUCGCAUAUCAGCAAGUGAAAUAUGAAACACGCGGUGAGGGCGAGCCCCGGCCCAGUACGUACGCGAGCCUGCAACCUGUGACGUCCGUGCACGGAGGGUAUACGUACGCAGGACAGAGUCCGCAGUACGCUAGUGCGAGCUACGGAGCAUACGCUGGCGGUAGUAAAGAACUGCUGACGUUAUACGGAGGUGGACGCGGUGACGACUCCCCGCCUAGCCAACUCAUGUACCGCAGUGACCCCACCCUCUCGUCUUCGCUGACACCGCGCGGAGGACACGUUGUUUACGGUUCCGUCGUACCACAAUCUCAGGCUGUAUACGAAGCCCCACCGAGUCCGAACUCGCAGCAAGUUACGCUAUAUACCCACGGCAAUACGGUUCAGUAUAAAGUGGGUGGUGAACAUUAUCUAGGCCAAGGAAGCGGAGUCGAAUACGUGCCAGUUCCUGGAUACGAAGGAGGACUGUUGGUAGAAGGUUACACGACCCAAACGCAACCAUGGCCGACACAUAAUUUACUACCUAUCGAUGAAGGAUUUGAUCCUGCGAUGGCCGGUAUGGCCGAAGUGAAAGAAUGCGUCAACUGCGCAGCCGCAACGACCCCACUGUGGCGCCGCGACGGUACGGGCCACUACUUGUGCAACGCGUGCGGCCUCUACACGCGCAUCAACGGCGUCAACCGGCCGCCGCUCAAGGGGCAGAAAGCCAAACCUCCACAAGCUCUGCCGACGAACGGGAACCGGCGCGUGGGCGUGACCUGCGCCAACUGCCGCACCUCCAACACCACGCUCUGGCGGCGGAACAACAACGGCGAGCCCGUCUGUAACGCGUGUGGCCUCUACUACAAGCUGCACAACGUGAACCGGCCGCUGAGCAUGAAGAAGGACGGCAUUCAGACGAGGAAGCGCAAGCCGAAGAGCAUGGGCGGCGGUCACGCGGGCGUGGCGCGGGCCGGCGGCGGCGGCCUCCCCGGUACGUGGCGCUAACUGGCCUCAUCGCACUGCUGCCUGCGAGCAGAUCGUAACUGUGUCUGUGCUCCGCAGUGGAGGCACACUCGCACAAGGUACUGCCUCCGCUGUACGCGGCGGUGGAGGCGGGCGCGGGCGCGGGAGCGGGGGCGGGGGCGGGCUUGGACGCGGGAAGCCCUCUGCUGCUGCUGCCCGCCGCACGCCACCAUCCCGACGCGUGAGUACCGGGAGCCGGACGGAAACCGCUCUUUGGGACUUGACUCUUCGCCUCUACGCCUCUAACGCCUGUUUCUAUACUGUGGACUCACUUCUUCCUUCAGCACAGCAUUUAUCUUUACAUUUCCAGACAGAUAUGGGACUAAAGUGUGAAUAACUCUAAAAUAUUUUGUAACGACUCGGUGUGACGGCUUCUAGUGCGACGUGUUUGCAUACGCCUUACGUUAUCUCAAGGUUUGCGCUCCGCUUACAGCACGCGGUUGUUGUUUCAUUUUCAGCUAAUUUUACAAUGUGUGCUUACCUACAUACCUACGAGGAUCGUAUAUAUAUGUAAUCGAAACUUCAACAACGGCGGGCGUUGACGUGGCGUGUUUUUGCAGGAUAUCAGCAUUAGAUCGCAUCGCUGCGCCCACGCAGUACCGGCCGCCGCCGCCGUAACAGACACGCGAUCUCUGUACAUAGCCCGGGCGCUACUUGCGCAUCCUCCUGUGUAAAUAUUACUUAUUGAGGCACGCAUGACGAUCGAAUGGGACGAUUACUAUAUAAGUAAACUUUUUAAUACUGUAGAAUCCAGUAGGUAACUGUUAAUAUUGUAUGGUCGGGUGAAUUCUGUGUCGGGUAUUGUAAAUAUGUACAAGUGGUGACGUGUGUGACUGUUGCGUGAUAUUGUAGCCGAUGUGUGUUACGUCGACUGCACAAACACUAUUAAUUAUGACGAAUUUACUAUGUUUUAAUGUUAAAAUAUUUAUAUGUGGUUAAGAUAAUCGAGUGGUGUGCGCUAGUUAUUACCAGACUAUUUAUAUUUGUAUAGAAUUAAAUCAUGUUGUCAUUAAACGAAAGUUCUUGUUACCUUGGUGCCUCAUUUCUCCCCGUCGUUCCAACUUAUUUAUAGUUGUUUAAUUAACAAACAAAAGACAAACAU